CCCCGGGACUCGUCGCAGGCGAGGAGAUCGACUGCUCGAACGCGGCCGUCGACCCGCGCGACCGCGAGCACUUCCUCUUUUCGCGCGGCGGCGAGUUCCGCACCUACGAGUCGAGGGACGGGGGACGGACGGUGAGCCGGGUCGCAAGCCACGACGUGGGCGCCUUCUUUGUCCUCAUCGACUCGCAGGGCUGGUACUACACAGCAACCCAAGACGGCGCCUUUGUCUCGCGGGAUGGCGGUGUCGGGUGGGAGGCGCUGCACGUCGUGAUGCACUCGCGCGACGGCCGGCGGAUCGACCGCGUGCCGCACGACUACCAGCGGAUCGUGCCCGACUUUCGCGGCGACGGGUCCCCUCGGACCAAGGACUCCACAUCCUCAACCGCUCCUCCGAAAACCUCACCUCGGCGGUCGGCGACAUGCGCAACAACAUGGCCCUCUCCGCCAUCCUCUCGCCAAACGAGCAGGGCUCGCGGAGCCUCGUGGUCAACCUCUGGGACUGGAACGUCGGCGCCUCGUGGGACGACGGCGCCACGUGGGCUGGCUGGACAAAGGGCGAGGCGUCGCCGGGCUCUUGCGGGGAGGGCGGCGGCGGCCAGGGCAUGGGCCGCUCUCGCAAGGCGAUCAUGUUCCACAGGAACCACUUUUACAACUCGUCCGAUGGGGGGCGCAACUGGGCGCGCGGCAACUUGCCCGCCCCCAUGGGCGCCUUUGUGUAUGUGCGGCAGCCCGGCUCGCGGACCGAGCCUGCGGGCGCGUGCUUUGCCCUGUUCAGCGCUCCCGCCGGCCAGGUCUUGCGCGGCCGCAGUCGCUCCUCGGCGGGCGGCGCCGCCGCCGCCGGCGGCGGCGCGUCUUCUCCCGACCGCGACUACUCUCCAGAGUUGGACGACGAGCAGGAAGAGGCGGGCGAGGACGAGGAGGCGGCGGGCGGGCCGCAGCUGUACAGCCCAGGACUGCUUCCGCCGCCCCGCGCUGGCUCGGUGGUGCACCUGAUGACGAGCAGCGAUUUUGGCGGCUCGUGGAGUUGGGCGCCGCUGCAGCCGUCGCUGCAGCCGACCGGCCUCGAGGUGGACCCGACGGGCAACGGGCUAUACGCCUUCAACGCGGACUGCCUCUCCGUCAGCAGCGACCAAGGCCGAAGCUGGUCGCCGUGCAGCCAAGCGGCGGGGCUGACGGGUCGCCUCCACCAGCUGCUCGUCGUCAACACCAGAGUCAUGUUUUUGACUCGUGUCGGCGCGGUCCCUCUCCGCACUACCGACGGUGGCCAGUCGUGGCACGAGCUCGGCGGUUGCGCGCAUCUCUUCAAGCACGGCGCGACGCUCGACGGCAGCCUGUCGUGGUCUGGCCGCACGCUCGUUUUGCACGGAGCCGACCUCGGCGCAAUCGGCCGGGGCGAGUACGGCACGGCGGUGUGGCGGUCGACCAACGACGGCGACGACUGGACCGACGAGACGGGCGAUUUGGUGACCAUAUCCCCGGGCCCGGGGGUGUGGUACGAAGACGACUUCUACCUCGUCACGCGUGGAGAGGGCGUCACCGUCAAGCGGCAGUUUGAGCGCUGAAGCCGCGCGCUUGCGCUUGGCUGGCGAACGCUGGCGUGCGUAUACACUGCAAGCAAAGCAGAAAAAAAAGGUGCGUGGUUCGUUGUCCGUGGCCUUGUGUGCGUACGGAAACCGCCAAUGAAUCGGCGUUCGUCAUUUU